CAAGAUCCCAUUCCAGCACCCUCUCACAUCUUCUAGCAAUCCGACAAAGGCAAUAUAAAUACGCCACAUCGCCACUCAAUGAGGCUUCCCAUCUCCAUUUUAAUUACAAUCAUCGCAAUCGCAAUCACAGCAGUCUACCAGCAAGAGCUCCUCCUCCAGUACAUGCGACCCAUCCUCCGAUCGAAGACACUGAACGCCCUCUCCAAAACCCUCAGCUUGACCUCCUCGACAAAGUCCCUCUCCGCCAUGGCCCCCAACUCCACCUUCGUCGGCCUCCCCGUCAUUCCACCCGAGGAUCCAUCCCUCAACGCAAAGAAUCCCAAACCCCGAGGCAUCCAAGCCGUCUUCCUCGCGCGCGAGCAGGCCGAAGGUGCAGGCGCGACAGUGCGAAGAUCUAUCGGCACGCCGAAGCUACGCAACUUCACCCCCUUCCUAAUGCUCGAUCACUUCAACGUCGGCAUCGGCGCCGGCUUCCCAGACCACCCUCAUCGCGGCCAAGAGACCAUCACCUACCUUCUCAGCGGCGCCGUCGACCAUGAGGACUUCGCUGGCAACCGCGGCGUCAUCAACCCGGGUGAUCUGCAAUUCAUGACCGCCGGCCGGGGCAUCGUGCACGCCGAGAUGCCGUCCGACAAAAUGGCGGAAGAAGAGAGCGCGAUCGGCAUGCAGCUCUGGGUCGACCUCCCCAAAGAUCUCAAAAACUGCGAGCCGCGCUACCGCGACCUGCGCGCCUCGGAAAUCCCGCAGGUCACGCUGGACGAGGGUAAGGUGCACGUCAAAGUCAUCUCCGGCCGCAGCCACGGCGUCGACAGCCUGCAGGAACUCGCCUACACCCCCGUCUGGCUGCUCGACGUGACCGUCCAACCCGGCGGCCGCAUUGCGCAAUCGCUGCCCGCAGGUUUCAACACCUUCGCUUACAUUCUCGAAGGCGCGGUGACGUGGGAUACCGGCGCGACGAGCCAGGAAGUGCAGCAGUACCACAACACCGUUUUUGAGCAGACGGGCGACCAGGUGAUUGCCAGCGUGCCCGCCGACGCGAAGCAGGCGGCGCGCUUCAUCCUCGUGGCGGGCUUGCCGCUCGACCAGCCAAUUGUGCAGUACGGGCCUUUUGUGUUGACGGAGGCCAGCCAGGUGCGGAAGGCGAUGAUGGAUUACUCCACGUUCACGAAUGGGUUUGAGCGCGCGGAGAACUGGCGCAGUGAGAUUGGCAAGGUGAUGAUGCAUUAGGUUUGAAUGCUGCUCAUCUCCAACGACUUGACGAAAUGUAUAUAUUGAAAGAAGGGCGCUGAGUGCUGAUAGAAAUUGUGUAGAAUGUAGUACCGCAACGUCCCCAGUGUGACCAC